GGCGCUGCUCUGUGUUUACCCGUUGCCAUGGUGAAUGCUGGUGUCAGAGCUCCAUUGAUCAUGGCUUUCAUAGUCUCGUUAACCUGCUGUCUGCCUCUCAGGUGGGAGGGGUCGUACGGGUGAGGCUAUAGAAACAGAAAGACGGAGCGAUGGGGUAUUUUUUUUUUUUUUUUUGAAGAACAUUUAUCCCAUUUCUUCUAGUUUCACUUGUUUUUGUGCUUUUUGAAGGUUUUCAAUUUUUUUUCCUUCUGUAAAAAAAACAAAACAGAAACUCAGGUGAGCGGGUGUGGCAAGCUCCGCCCCCAAUAAGCCAACAAUAACACAGCUCACACCCUGUUCACUGUAAUACACAGACACACUCCCUGCUGCAGAGGCUCACAUGAUACACUCACCUGUGUCCUGUUGCUGCUGAGCACAGGUGUGUAGGUGGGAGGAGUCACCUGGGGAGAAUGCGGUCAGUCAGGUUUGGGUCCUCCGACCCGUCCGGUUAGUCUCCUCAGAGCUGAGCUGAGUUGGCGCCUGUGGGAGGUUUGCCACAGUACUGCUGGGUCGCUGCUGCCGUGCUGUGGAGGAACAUGUCUGUUAAUCUAAGCAAGAACGGAGCCGCGCUGAUGGCCGCCUACAAGGAGGUGGUGGACGGCAAGUCUAACACAGACUGGGCGCUGUUCACCUACGAAGGAAACACCAACGACCUCCGAGUGGCACAGAAAGGAGAUGGAGGGUUGGAGGAGAUGGUGGAGGAGCUGAACAGCGGGAAGGUGAUGUACGCUUUCUGUCGAGUCAGGGACCCGAACUCUGGACUGCCCAAAUACGUCCUUAUAAACUGGACAGGUGAAGGUGUGAAGGACUCUCGGAAAGGACAGUGUGCCAAUCACGUGAGGACCAUAGCAGAUUUCCUGAAGGGAGCCCAUGUGACUGUAAACGCCCGUGCGGAGGAUGACGUGGACCCAGAGACCAUCUUGGCCAAAGUGGCCAAAGCGUCCGGCGCUAACUUUAACUUCCACAAGCAAACACAGGAGUACAGAGACGUUCCCAGAGGACGGGUGGGUUCUGUGUACCGCAAAGUCAACGCUGUCGAGGAAAUCCAACAAAUCAACAAGGAUGACUUCUGGGUCAAAGCUCAGAGGGAUGAAGAAAUGCGUCAAAAGGAGGAGAACAUUCGAGCAGAACAGGAGAGGCAGAAGGCGGAGAGGGAGAGGAGGGACAUGGAGGAGAGACAGUCGAAGGAGAGGGAGAGGAUAGCGAGAGAGAGAGCUCAGCAGAUCGAACAGGAGAAGCUCCGGCAGAAGCAGAGGGAGGACGAGGAGCGAGAGCAGGAACAGCAGCGUCGGAAUGAGCAGCUGGAGAACAGGAAGAUGACGGGAAUCUCCGCUGCUGCCUCGGUGCAGAAAGCUAACGAGGCGAAAUCUCUGAUUUCUCAGAGAGCGUUUAAUCCCAGAGACAUCUUUAAGCAGAAGGAGCAGAGCUUUGACGCUGGCGACACACCUGCUGCAUCCAGACCCGGGAGGCUGCAGAGUCCGUUUCCAUCGCAGAAAUCGUUUGAGCGAGACGUCCCGGUUCAGCCUCGGUUUCCACCGUCCUCUCCUCCAGCAGUGACCCCCCUGUCUCCAAUUACAUCUGCCUUACCUGUGAUGCCUGUCUCACCUGUUGCAGCUGCCUCCACUACAGCACCAGAGAGCGCACACUCACCUGUGCAGCCUGCAGACACAGGUGCUGGUUAUGGUGACGAAGACGAGUGGUCAGAUGAUUUUGAUGAAGAUGAAGCUGCACAAGAGGGAAGUCCAGCUCAAGAUGAUCCGUACAUGGCACCGCAUUCAGCCGGGAGUAACGAGGACCUGUAUCAAAACGUUUCCCAGCAUGCACCUGCAGCUAAUAGUAUUAAUUGGGAUGGCAGUGGACAAGGUAUCUGUGCCAGAGCUCUGUACGACUACCAGGCUGCGGAUGACACUGAGAUCACCUUUGACCCUGAUGACAUUAUUACUCAGAUAGAAAUGCUGGAUGAGGGUUGGUGGAGAGGUUAUGGACCUAAUGGGGAAUACGGCAUGUUCCCGGCUAAUUAUGUGGAGCUUAUCUAGCUUUCAUUGGCUCAUUGUCCUGUUAAUUUUAAUAAAGCUGGAGGUUAUUUCAGAUGGAUAUUUUACUCACACAAACUUGUUCAGCAUCACUGAAUUAAUAAACCUUUGUAAAAAAACAGUAAACAAUAAAUACAGUCAUUUUCAAGUGCA